UAAGAUGGAGGUAGAAAAUGAAGCCAGCUGCUCCACGAGCAGCGGACCAGGAGGGUCCAGAGAGUACAAGGUGGUGAUGCUGGGAGCAGGGGGAGUUGGUAAAAGCGCAAUGACAAUGCAGUUUAUUAGUCAUCAGUUCCCUGAUUAUCAUGACCCCACUAUAGAAGAUGCUUAUAAGACCCAGGUAAGGAUCGACAAUGAGCCAGCUUAUUUGGAUAUCUUGGACACUGCCGGUCAGGCAGAAUUCACGGCCAUGCGGGAGCAGUACAUGCGAGGUGGGGAGGGCUUCAUCAUCUGCUACUCUGUCACUGACCGCCAGUCAUUCCAAGAAGCUGCCAAAUUUAAAGAGCUCAUUUUCCAGGUCCGCCACACCUAUGAAAUUCCCCUGGUGCUGGUGGGCAACAAAAUUGACCUGGAACAGUUUCGCCAGGUCUCUACAGAAGAAGGCUUGAAUCUGGCCCGAGACUAUAAUUGUGCUUUUUUUGAGACCUCAGCUGCCCUCAGAUUCUGUAUUGAUGAUGCCUUUCAUGGCUUAGUGAGGGAAAUCCGCAAGAAGGAGUCUACCCCAUCUCUGAUGGAAAAGAAAUUGAAGAGAAAAGACAGCCUGUGGAAAAAGUUAAAAGGCUCACUGAAGAAGAAGAGAGAAAAUAUGACAUGAUAGCCCUGCUUCUGACUCCCUCACUCUUUCUGCCUCUGAAUAUUAUCAGCCCACAUGUAGCAUUCUGCAUCAAUGUUCUGUCUGUCUCUUUUUAAAAUAUCUGCCUGUAGGUAAAAGCAAGAUGUGCAUAACCAUCCCUCUUGAGAUAGUUUUGUUUUGCUUUUAACAGUUGGAUGGAUUUUGUCAA